GGCCAUUUUUAUUUCCUAGGUAGCCAAUGUAAACAAAGGUGAAAGUUGUAAGAAAUGACUGAAGUACAUGGUCCAAAUAUUACUCCGCCUGCUACAAAUGUGUCAAAACUAGAAGAUGAUGAUGAUGAUUUUGAAAAACAGUUAGCCUCAUUUAUUGAAGAUGAAGAAAAGAAAGAUAAGGAUAAAGAAGAAAGAGGGGAGAUAAUAAUCAAGAAAGAGAAAGGUGAAGAGGAUAAAUUAGAAAAGGAACAAGCAGGAGAUAAAGAUGAUGAUUAUACCUUUACUAAUGAUCAACGACGAGCCAUGGACGAAUUAUUGGCACAAAGAGAAGAAGAUGACUUUAUUGGAGAAGAAGAACCACCAGAAUAUAAUGUCAAGGAAAGAUUAUUACAGUUAAAUGCUGAAUUAGCGAAUGAUCCCACCCCUCUAGAUAGUGAUUCUAGAGAUGUCCGUAUCAAAUUCAAAGACAAUUUAGUAGAUUUAGUGGCACCCCCACCUGAUUUUAGUGAUGAGGAAGCAGAACCUACUGUGUCUCUUAAAAGUCUCCAAAAACAUAAGGAAAACAGUGAUAAUAAACUGAACAGUUCUAACAAUACUAACAGUCCUAGAAAUAAAAAGUGUGUCGUGGAAAGAGAAGGGAAAUUUGAAGUGCUAUCAGCUGAUGAAAUGACGCCCAUCGAAAGAGAGUUAUACAUACACGAAGACACAGAAAAUACACCCCCAAAUAAAAAUACUAGAAUCAAACAAACCAAUAGAAACAAUUCAAAUACUGCAAAUCAAACAAAACAACCGACACCUCCUUCUAAACCUCGUCCAGCAACUGCUACCAUCAACAGCCCUCGACGUAAUGUCCGUCCUAGUUCAUCAAAACCUCGUCCAAAAUCUGCGUCUGUGACACUUAAUAACAGUUCAGGGUUAGAGAACUUUGAUUAUCAUUCACCUUAUGCCUUACCUGAUGAUGUCAAAAAUCAAUUUAAACAGCGAGCCAAAUAUCUAGAAGAAAAAAAGCGACAAGAAGAACAAGAAAGAAAAGAGCAUGAACGAGAAAAAGCUGAAACUGCAGAAAGUAUGUUCCAAGCAUGGUUAGAAAAGAAAAAAGAAGAACAAAGGCAGAAAAGAAAAGAAGAACAUGAAAAGAAGAAGAAUGAAGAGAAGGAAGAUAAGAGUAAUAAUGGAGAGAAGGUCAAUAAUUCAGAUUCAGAUUGGUCUGAAAUAAGCGAUCAGGCAAAAGAAAAUGAAGCAAUAUUUAACCAAUGGAUGAAACAUAAACAAAGUCAGCAGAAGAAAGAAAAGUUAUUAAAACGAAGACAACAACAAGAAAUGAAAGAAGGCUUUGUUGUUCACAACAGAGAAGAUUGUGAGAAAAAUUUUAGAAGGUGGUUACGGAGAAAAAAUGCUGAAAUCAGACGAAAGAAAAAUGCUGAAAGACAGAAAAUGCGUUAUCUUAGAUUAGCUUCACGUAAAUCUCGGAAAUCGCAAGCUUUAGCUAGGGCCAUCAAUCAAUCACAGUCAUAUAAAUAUGUUGAUUAUAACUAUUAA